CUGUAGUUGCUGCCCGCCCCACCUUUCUGUCCCCUCCCUUGUCCCGCCCUCACCUCCACGCGGGCUCCACAUUAAUCCAGCUCUGCGUACUUUGCUCCUGCUUGGCAGCGGAUGAGAGGGGUCUGAGGAAAUCCAGGACGCGAGCACUCACUGCCAGCUCUUGCCUUUAAAUACACGGCCGCGAGGAGGCCCUCGCACAUCGAGUUCAGAAGCCUACACGAUCUCGCGCCCACAAAGCUUCCGACCGCAGAGCGAAGAUCUUCUCACUCCAGCGCGCUCCGGAUCCCAAGCCCUCCGUCUUUCCCAGCGCUUCCAAACUCCAGUCCUCACUCUCGGCCUCUGACGCGAUCCAGCAACCCAGAGGCCAGAGAAGAUGCCCGCCCACUUGUUACAAGAGGUCUCCAGCUCCUACACAACCACAACUGCUACUGUCACCACACCACACUCCAGGCUCCCACAGGGUGGAGAGGACAAGCUGGGGAAGAACCCCCUGCCCGCUGAGGAAGACAUUCGUCCUGAGUUCAAAGAUGACAUCUAUGACCCCAGCUACCAGGACGAGGAGGGCCCCAGGCCCAAGCUCCAGUAUGUCUGGAGAAACAUCAUCCUCAUGGCUCUGCUACACAUCGGAGCCCUGUAUGGGAUCACCUUGGUGCCCAGUUGCAAGUUCCACACCUGGCUCUGGGGGAUAUUCUAUUACUUAGUCAGUGCCCUGGGCAUCACAGCAGGAGCACACCGUCUGUGGAGCCACAGGACUUACAAAGCCCGGCUGCCCCUGAGACUCUUCCUGAUCGUUGCCAACACCAUGGCCUUCCAGAAUGAUGUGUUUGAAUGGGCCCGAGACCACCGCGCCCACCACAAGUUCUCAGAAACUGAUGCUGAUCCCCAUAACUCCAGACGCGGCUUCUUCUUCUCUCACGUGGGCUGGCUGCUGGUGCGCAAACACCCGGCCGUCAAGGAGAAGGGUGGGCUGCUGGACCUGUCUGACCUCAAAGCUGAGAAACUGGUGAUGUUCCAGAGAAGGUACUACAAACCUGCUGUCCUGCUGAUGUGCUUCAUCCUGCCCACGUUUGUGCCCUGGUACUUCUGGGGUGAAACUUUUCGACACAGCUUGUAUGUGGCCACUUUCCUGCGUUAUGCUUUAGUGCUCAAUGCCACCUGGCUGGUGAACAGUGCUGCUCACAUGUAUGGAUAUCGCCCAUAUGACAAGAACAUUCAAUCCCGAGAGAAUAUCCUGGUUUCUCUGGGAGCUGUGGGUGAGGGCUUCCACAACUACCACCACUCCUUUCCCUAUGACUACUCCACCAGCGAGUACCGCUGGCACCUCAACUUCACCACAUUCUUCAUCGACUGCAUGGCUGCCCUGGGCCUGGCUUAUGAUCGGAAGAAAGUAUCCAAGGCUGCAGUCUUGGCCAGGAUUAAGAGGACUGGAGAUGGAAGUCACAAGAGUGGCUGAGUUUUGAGUUAUCAUCUUCUUUUCCAAAAGCCAGCCAAGCAGAGGUUCACUGUUCUGUUUAUUAACUACUGAAUAAUGCUCCCAGGACACUAAAGAUGACAACCCUAACCCAUUCCAGUACAAUAUCUUUUUAAAAUGCAAAGGUUUUGAUAACUUAUUUAGGUAAUCCACAUGUUAAUUAGCCAAACAAUAAUCAUUUAUAUAUAUGUAUAGACAUAUAUAUUUCAAAAUAUCAUGUUGUACAUGAGAAAUACAUAAAACUUUAUGUCAAUUUUUUAAUCAGAAUAAAUUUUAGCAUUCUUAAAAAAUUAUUGAUAACCAACAACUAUACGAUGCUAAGCUGAUAAAUCCUGCUUAUCUAUUCUAUUCCCAUUCUCCUCCUUGCUUUGUUCCUAUCAACUUCCUUUCUCAACUCGAAUUGUCUCUUGACUUCUAAACCCUGGGUAACAUUUUUCUUGUGCUGUCCAGCUUUAACAUAGGUGGCUUGAGCCAGAGGGACAGUGAGUGCAGGUCAACUGUCAGGAGAGAGGCUCGCUGCCAGGCAUGACUGGUAAGUGAGGGAGGGGUUGAGGUGGGAUUUGAGCAGAAAAUGGUCUCGCUGUGAGGAGGCACACAGCUGCCUGCCUAGCCAGGACGUGCAGCCCCUCCACAUGGAACGCUUCCUUUCUCUCCUGACUGUGAGGAGGACUGGCCUGGAGCUUGGACAGGCAACACACAACAGCAAAUCUCAAUGCCUUAGCAGGCUCUGGACAGAGGUUAAGGCAGCAGCAUUGUACAGUUUGGUCAAGCAAAAAUAGGUAAGCCUAAGUCCUUUACUUGGAACCCGGAAAUAUUUUCCCAAAAGUGUUUUCCUUUGAGUAAGGAAUAUUUAUGGAAGCUUCAAGGAUGGGGGAAAUGAGCUGAUUUGCCUGGUCCUUCUACCUCCAACCCCCACUUUAUUGGCUGGCAGAGAAUGGAGAGGUUGAGGGGCAGGAUCUAUAGGUAGCUUGUAAGUGGUAACUUUCUAAAGAAAGGAUUCAGACAUUACAUUGUCAUGGAUUCAUAUUUCUAAGUAAUUGAGUGUCCUAAUGAAACCUGUUCAAUGUCAAGUUCAUGUAUUAGUUCUCUGACAGUUGACCUCUUGCCUUGAGUGAUAUUUUGCUGUUAAGAACUAGCCUAGAGUAUAGGAGUGCCUGGAAAGCAAGGUAGGACUCUGUUAGCCACACAUGUUCUUCACUUCUGGCUCUGUCCUGUCUUGUUUUGAUCUUGGCCCUUCCCUCAUGUUGACUCUGGCUCUGGCAAGGCAGCCUCCAUGCAUGUGUUCAGAGACAGUGACAACCUGCUGUCCAGGCAGCUCCUCCUGCAGACAAUGCUCAGGGGCCCCUGACCUCUGCUUCCCUUCCACAAGGAGAGCUGCUCCACAUUCCCGUGCCCCUCGGUCACACUGAUGCCUCCAGACAUGGCUGGCACAGCUUCCUAGAACCCUCCCUGGCUCCUAAGGCCCUCUCACAUAACACAUACUUAAGCCAUAUACUCCUGUUACGCCAUUGAGCCAAGGAAGAUAUGUGUCGGGGUCAGAGCACAGAGCAUGCUCAGUGUACCCUGCUUGCUCAGUCAGCUGGCACCUCUGAGCAUCAGGGCUCCCAGCUGAUUGAGCAGUGCUUGUAUAAGAAGGAGGAUGCCUAGUCCUUGCUAGUAAGCACAAGAAGCAAGACCCAGUUCCCAAGUGCCUCACUUUGAAAUGAGUCCCUAAUCCUGAGGCAGUGAGUACUGCACAGCUUUAGCUUGAGACACACCUAAGACACCAUGCACCUUGCUGAACAGAUUAUCUGUUCAACAAAUAGCCAGCAUCACUGCCCCUCCACCCCCAGCCAUGGACAGCCAAUAGCAUAGGAGAAUCUGGAAAGCAGAACAUCAGUGUUUUGAGAUUCUUGGACUCCUGUCCCCUGUUCCUUAGCCAUCAGUGCGCAAACCAGGCUUUGCUCUGUUAUGACUGGAAGUGUCCAAUGCCACACACUUGUCACUGUGACCCCCGUGGUAGAAGGGGGUUACAUGUGUUAAUUGAAUAGAAGCCACAGGAUCAAAGUGGAUGAAAGGCAUCCUUGUCUUUGGAGCCUUUCAGUUCAGUAGAAAGGAAUCUGAUCGAACGUCACAGUUGUUGGCCAUUUGCCAACUUGCACGUCCAUCCUCUGGAAAUGUCUGUAGGGCAGUUUUCAUCACACAGGUCAUCAGCAGCCUGUUUUACAUCGUAUGAACAAUGUAAUCAGUUUUCCCUUCUAAUCCUGUUUCAUGGAUUUGAUUCAUGGUGUGAAUCUCUACAGGGCUGCAGGGACACCUCAGCUUGCGGGCCUCCAGGUGUGACUGCUGAGUAAGGAGCCAUAUUUUCAAGCCUUUAAGCCCCAGUUGGGUUGCCACAUUAAUGAGUAACUCAGAUGUAAUCAGCAGGAGAGUUUUUCUAACAGUUCUGUGCUGUGACUGUAUUGACACCUUAUCUAGUGCCUUACAUCUUUGCUAAUCCAUGCAGCAUGAAGCUGGCCCUCACUCCCUCAGUGGAGCCCUCUUGCACCUGUGUGUCCACAGCAAGGGCAGGUAAAAAAAGGAACCCACUGAGGAAGGAUCAGGCUAAUCGCUUUCAGGAUUUGUUGAGCUUCACUUUGGAAAUUUUUUCUGAGGGAUGCUUUGGUUCAGUGCCCACAUUUGAUGGACAGUGAAAAUAAUCUGAAUGUAUUCAAUUUGCAAUUUGUCUUUAAAAUAAAUGAUGCCUGUAACAUUUUAAAAGAAGUUUCUUGGCUUGCUAGGAUGCUCAGUGAGUUCUCUGUAAGCAUACCUCAAAUGGGUCAGCAGGAAAGGUAGGAAAGCAAGGUGGCUAGGUUAUGCUGGCAGGUAAGGCCAGGCCUUUCUUACCACUUUGCCACUGACUUGCUUUGUGACCCUAGGCAUUCCAUUAUAAUGUGCCUCAUUGUCCUAGUGAAAUAAACACCAUAACACUGACUCACACCAAAAGGAAAGGUUGGAUGCAUGACUAAUAACUUUUUAUAAAGCAUUUUGGGAUCCUUCAGUAGAAGAAUUCUCAAGUCCUGAGGAUUUCUAUGGCAGCAGUACCCACUGUGGACUUGUAUGUUCUUAUGUCCUGGGUACUCUGUUUAGUCUCUCUCUCAAGGCUGACUUAAUCUGUUAGAUGGGUAAGUGCUGGAUAACUAUUCAGAGAAUACAUGAGGACGCAUCUUCAGUGCCACAAAAACAAGCACAGGACACCUCUUCCUGGCUUGGGUCAAUUUUCCCUCUUUGUCUGGGAUAGUAGUUAUUUGUCACUUGAUAAUUUUACAAAAGUUUCUAUUCCUGUCAACUCUGAAGCUAGUUGUACUGAUCUGACACUGUGUUGAUUCAUAAUAAAAAGGGAAAUGAUUCUGA